AUGACACCUGACGAUCCAUCCAUCCCCGGAAGAAUAAAUCAAACGGCGAUAUUCCAGGCGUUCCAGGCCUCCAAGCGGAGGGGUCCUGAGCUAAUGCAUGUAGUGCUGCAGCGGUGGUACAUCUCUCGCUACCUCAAGUACAUACUUUUUGGCCUCUUCUCCCGAGGUGCGUUAUUAAACACUCUUCCUACAUUCUCCUCCACUCCACCACCUCCUCCUCCUAGCUCUACCACCACCACCACCACCACCACCACCACCUCCACCUCCUCCUCUCCUCAAGUUAAUUGCCUCAAUCCAAUCCAAUUCAUAAUCCUCCGACUCAAUUCAUCCGUAGAAACAUGGGGAAACCUUCAGAUGGCACCCUUAUAUGACUGUCUCUAUCUAUCCAGGAAGGAAUGA